AUGGAAGGCUGGGUGCAGUUCUGCUUUGCUCAGGGCACGCCGGAUAAGGAACUGCGCUUCAACCGCGCUCUCCGGGAAGUGGCUGCCCGGAAGGAUAUCAAGAAGCAUCCCACUAUCUUUGCCUGGCAUGGUAGUAGCCUGGCCAACUGGCAUAGCAUCAUUCGAACGGGUUUAGGCUAUAACGAAACCAGAAACGGUCGCAGUCAUGGCAAUGGCGUGUACAUGAGUCGUCAUUUUAAGACCAGCAGAGGGUACUCGGUGACUGGUUUGACAUGGCCUAAUUCGGACCUCAAAUUCAACCUCUGUAUCGGCCUUUGUGAGAUCAUCAAUGCCCCGGACGAGUUCCUUUCGACAAGCCCGCACUAUGUGGUCCAACAGCUUGACUGGAUCCAAUGUCGUUAUCUGUUCGUGCAACCUCUGACUGUAAAUACCAAGAUUGACUCCACGGGGGAAAGGGGCAAAGACAAGCAGUUCGAUCAAGAAAUUCACCCUCAACCUUUCGGGUGUGAGAUCUUGGGAUCAGAUGACAAACCGUUGAAGAUUCCUGUGACGGCUAUUCCCAUCCGAACCGUUGACACUUCAACUUCAGGUCGCUCAUCGAGGGCUUCCCUCAAGAGAGAGACUCGGGAAUUUGAGCAGCUUGGUGACGACAGCGAUGCUGAAGAUGUGCGUUUGCUCUUUACAAAUGACGAAUUUAAGGGUUUCUUUCCUCCGGCUGCCAAGCGUUCAUCAUCCCGUUCCUCUGGUGUAAAAUUGGGAGACAGCUCAGAUUUUCCGUCUUCUCCGACAGGCGGCAUCAUUCUCGAUCCCACAAAGACUGAUUUUGAGCCUGGAGCUUUCGAUUCUUCAUCUCUCCCACGUCUUGACCCUCCAUCUUUCGCCAAUCCCUCUUCCACACGCGCUCUUUCUCUCGAACUGGCUAAGCUUCAAGCUUUGCAGUACCGCAUGCCACUCCAUGAGCUCGGGUGGUACAUAGACUUCAACUCUGUCACAAACCUCUUCCAGUGGAUUGUUGAACUGCAUAGUUUUGAUUCCUCGCUCCCACUUGCGCAAGAUAUGAAAGCUGCUGGCAUCCGAUCCAUCGUCAUGGAGAUGCGCUUUGGAGCUGAUUUCCCAUUUUCACCGCCGUUCGUGCGGGUCAUCAGACCCCGAUUCAUGCCUUUCUUGCAAGGAGGGGGUGGGCAUGUUACCGCUGGCGGCGCCAUGUGCAUGGAGCUGUUAACAGCCAGCGGCUGGAGUCCUGCGAACAGUAUGGAAAGCGUGCUGUUACAAGUUAGGAUGGCGCUGUGCAACCUCGAACCCCAGCCGGCAAAGGGCCAAGUCAGCAGCACUCCCACCACUCUGACUCCUGAACCUGUGAAGAUUGGUACCGCUGCCCCUGCAAAGGUCACUUGGAUGGACUAUGGCAUCUGGGAGGCGAUUGAUGCAUACGAGCGCUCUGCCAGAGCACAUGGCUGGAAGAUCGCGGAGAACUGGAGGCAGACGGCAAAUGGACCUUCCAACCACGCGUCUGCGCGCCUGCUGAGGUCCACUGCUCCCAACAUCGUGACCGACAGCCUCGAUCCCAUUCACCCAGCUUUUCAACUUCACUGA